CGCAAUUUUCCUCCCAUUUUAUUCAGUGCUACACAUUUUCAGCUACAAAACUUUGGGAUUUUCAGUAAUACUUCAAUUAGACAUAACCGACGCCAUGAUUUUCCCGUUCUCAGCUCCAAAAGCGGCUCCAAGCCAGUUGCCGGAUGUUCAUGGAACACGAUGCGGAUUCAGUUUCGUCAAUUGCAGGCGAAACGCUGAACUCCUGGCCCGGGGAUUUGAGCCCCCGAAAGCGGUGCGCACGGGCACCUCCAUCGUGGGCAUUAUCUAUCAGGAUGGCGUUAUCCUGGGCGCCGACACACGCGCCACCGAAGGACCCAUUGUCUCCGACAAGAACUGCUCCAAAAUUCACCACCUGCAGGAUCACAUAUAUUGCUGUGGAGCUGGCACCGCUGCCGACACGGAGAUGAUGACCCUGAUGACCUCCUCGGAGCUGGACCUGCAUCAGUUGAACACGGGGCGGCAGGUGCCGGUGGUGUGCGCCAGCAUGCUGUUGCGGAGGACCCUGUUCCGCUACCAGGGGCACAUUGGAGCCGCCCUGGUAAUGGGCGGAGUGGACAAGACGGGUCCUCAGAUCUACUGCAUCUAUCCGUGCGGGUCGAACGACAAGAUUCCGUAUGCGGCCAUGGGAUCGGGCACCCUGGCCGCGAUGUCCGUGCUGGAGCACAACUGGCGACCGGAUUUGAAUCGGGAACAGGGCAAGCAGCUGGUGCGAGAGGCCAUCUCGGCGGGGGUGUUCAACGAUUUGGGCUCCGGAUCGAACAUCGAUCUGUGUGUGAUCACCAGGAGGGGGGCGGAGUACCUGCGGACGGACACGAUUGCCAGCGAGAAGGGCGAGAGGCUGGGCAAAUAUGGCAUCAAGCCGAACACCACCCUGGUGACCUCCACGUCCGUGCUGAGUCUCGAGGUCACCGACGAGCGCACCUACGGAGUGGGUCUCUUUCCCUCGCAGUCCACGGUGGAGGUGGAGGUGGAUCAACAGAGGGAACCUCAGCAAGCGGAGGAGGCGGACAACCUGUCCGCCGGAUCGCAGAACAAAGCUCCCUAGAGUGUAUACCUUUCACAUUCAUUUCAGUUGCAGCAAAUUAACCGUUAACAAGCCACUUGACUCCACAUAAAUGUAAAUGCAUUUGCGAAACGCAGGGAUUCCCCUUGAAUUCUUUCAUCCUGUUGUUGGUCCUGCGGGAAUGAUGCCAGGAGCAUCAAGCAUUUUUCCAAAGGGGAUUAGAAUGUGGACUGGGAAUGCCUACUAGCACACUCGAGGAAAUAUUACUGUUUACGCAUAGAUAUUGCUUGAAAA